ACUUUGGUUUAUAAAUAGCGGGCGGAGGCGGAGGGACUCGGAUUAGUUUGCGCUGCUGGUGCUCCUCCGGUGGAGAAGGAUUUAUGAGAGCAGAGGAGGAAGAAAUGAUCUACGGAUCUCCGCCGCCGGUGGAGAAGGAGGAAUCAGAGUCCGAACUCCAGAUUUACCAGCAAGAUCAGCACCUGCAGUUGAACUCCAGCCUUCUCCGUUUCCGGUCAGCUCCGAGCUCUCUGUUCGGAGAACUCGCCGGCGGCGCCGCCGCCGCCGCCGCCCAGAGGAGCUCCCAGUUUCAGCCGCCGGAGUUGGUCAGCUCUCAGCAGGCCGUUCCUUUCUCUUCGGCUCAGUCUAUGGUUUACCAUCUUCCCACUCACACUCACUUAUUGAACCAUGGCUUGACGGAGAGAUCCAACCACAUGGAGAUGCAGCGGCAAAUUGAGAUCGGCGGCGGCGGCGGCGGCCGGAAAUCUUCCAAUCUGAGAAAUCUUGUGCGGCAGAGCAGUACUCCUGUGGGCUUAUUCUCUCACUCGAAUGCCAGCAAUGGUUAUCCGAUGAUGAGAGAACUGAGUGAUGGUUUCAGAAACAGGGAACUUGCUCCUGCUCCUUCCAUGGGGGAUUCAGGGAGAGGAGGACUUAAGAACCAGAUGAGCUUCCCGUCGAGGCAAAGCUCGCUGAUGUCACAGAUAUCAGAGAUGGGGAACGAGGAAUUGUGUGGAAGUAGUCCUGAUGACAGUAGCCAGUGUUACUUGGCCGGAGUUCCGAUAACAUCUUGGGAUGAAACCUCGUUGCUUUCCGGCAACAAGUUGCCCGGAACAAGAAGCAGAGAGGAAGAAGGGAAGAUGGUUUCUGGCCUCAACCUAUCUCAAUUGACUCAGAAUGGUCUCACACAUCAGCUCAGCUUGCCGAAGACCACAGCGGAAAUGGCCGCCAUGGAAAAAUUUAUCCAGUUCCAGGAGACAAUCCCCUGCCAGACCAGAGCCAAACGGGGUUGCGCCACUCACCCGCGAAGCAUCGCGGAGAGGGUGAGGAGAACCAAAAUUAGCGAAAGGAUGCGAAAAUUGCAAGAACUAGUCCCCAACAUGGACAAGCAAACCAACACCGCAGACAUGCUCGAUUUGGCGGUCGACUACAUUAAGGAUCUCCAGAGACAAGUUAAGGUAUUAAGGGAAGGCCAAGCAAGCUGCACCUGCUCAUCUAGCAAGCACAAGUCUUUCCACAAGUCAUGAUUGAUGCCAUUAUAUUAGAACUCGAAGCAUACUGCAUAGGAUAGCAAUAUACAGUGUGGUGUUGUAGUGCACCUAUUUUCUUUUUGCAAACACUGAAUGGGGGAACUUUCGGUUGGAUCUUGAGAAGAAUAGCGAACGGCUAGGGGAAAAGUAUGCUGAGCAGCUGUUUCCAACGAAGGAGAUGAAGUGAUCACUAUGCAUGAGAUCUACUUUUCACCGCCACUGUUGGUGGAUGCAGAACCACCACCACCACCACCAUCAACCUCACCACUCACGGAGACUACUUUGGCUUGUGAUUCAGUAGAUUUCCUUUAUCUGAGUUUAGAAACUGCUCUAUGAGUCAGGAUGCUGCUGGUAGGUUUAGGUCGAGCUCAUCGAGUAGACAUGUAUAUGAAUGACUGUUGGACUCCAAACUUAUUUGAUAUUGGAAAUGCAUUAACAGUCAAUUUGUCCUCA